ACUAGAGAGAGAUCUUUUCAGCGGGACUGAAUCCAGCUGUUAAACUCCAGCAGUCCCGCAGCAGUCUCCGGACUCCGCUCCCCUGCACCGUGUCUCCGGUGGAUCUCGGGACUCUUGUCCACGGUCGGGAUGGACGGUGAUGGGGAGCUGCGCGCGGAGUUCACCGACGCGGCGACCGGGAGACUGCGACUCUGCGUGACCCUGACGGACCUCCGCCUCUCGGUCAGGAAGCUCGGUGGCUCGCCUGUGUGGCAGCACGGACAAGAGCCGGUGCUCGAGCUCGGCCUCGGGGACUGCGUGGGCUGCCGCGCGUGGCGGAGCGAGGACGCGGAGGACACGGAGGACGCGGCGGCGUAUCUGUGCGCAUAUUUCUACCCUGUGCGCCGCAGCUGGACCGGAGCUCCCGCCGGCCGCCGGAGAGAAGAGCAGCGAUUUCGGGUCCUCACCGGGAGAGACGCCCGGGCCAACCUGGAGCAGGCGGAGAGGUGGGCGCGCGCGGUCACACACCGAGCAUCAGCACUGCGCACACCAGAGACCAGAGACAGUGUUAAAUUCGGUCGAGUGUGCGUAAGCCGGAGUGUGAUGGUGUUGGUGAAUCCUCAGAGUGGACGAGGCCAGGCCAUGUCUCUCUACACCGGCCCUGUACUGAGCAUGCUCAGUGAGGCAAACAUCUCUCACACACUCAUCACCACAGAGCAUCAGAACCAUGCACACGAGCUGGUCAGGAACGCUGAUCUGUCACAGUGGAGUGCCAUCGUCAUCCUGUCAGGGGACGGAUUACUGUUUGAGGUGAUCAAUGGUUUGAUGGAGAGGGAGGACUGGGACGAGGCAAUCCGCACUCCGCUCGGGAUUCUUCCUGGAGGAUCUGGCAACGCACUGGCAGCAUCAGUGCACCAUUACACACAAGCUGGCCCGGCUCUGGGCGAAGACUUGCUUCUAAGCUGUUGUUUCCUGCUCUAUAAAGGUCCGGUCUGUCCCCUGGAUAUCGUCUCUGUACGUUUGUCCUCGGGACGCCGUCUCUUUUCCUUCCUGUCGCUGGCCUGGGGCUUUGUGGCCGACGUGGACAUCGAGAGCGAAAAGUUCCGCCACGUGGGUGCGAUGCGCUUCCUCGUGGGCACUCUUCUCCGCCUGGCGUCUUUGCGCACCUACCAGGGCAGGCUGGCGUUCCUGCCCGCUAGAGACGACUCCGAUUUGGCAUCGAUCUCCUCUUCUCCUCGUUCCCGUUUUCGUCAGCGGCAGAGCAGCAACGAAUGCGCAACCCGUAACGCUAUUGGUGACGAGUUCUUACUCGAAAACGAGUCCAAGAAUGACCGACUUCCUGACAACCUUUUAAAUCCUGUUGGAGAUUCGGUGCCAAGCGAUUGGACCGUAGAAAAAGAGCAAGACUUUGUUCUGGUUCUGGCGACCUGCCACUCUCAUCUUGCCGAGGAGCUGAUGGCGGCACCGGAUGCCCGGCCUGACGACGGGUACCUCCACCUGCUCUACGUGACAGCGGGAAUAUCACGGCCAGCCUUGCUUCGACUCUUCCUGGCCAUGGAGAAAGGGACGCACCUGACAUGCGAGUGCCCACAUCUGAUGUACCAGCGUGUCCAAGCACUGAGGCUUGAGCCAAUCACAAAACCCGGAGUUAUCACUGUAGACGGGGAGCAGGUGGAGUACGGGCCGAUUCAGGCUCAAGUUGCACAAGGGAUGUGGCAGGAUUAUAUGUGGAUGAUCCCCAUCCUAAAAACCUAAAGAGACCAACAUUUAACAUUUAAUAGAAUUGACCUCAUGUUGAUCUUCUGUGGUUUAGACCUGGACUUUAUUACCUGACGAUUGACUGAUUUUGUCCAAUAAUAAUAAUCCUGUUUAGACCAAAGGUACAAUUUUACUUACUGCAGUAAGAACCUACUUUUUAAACUUUUUUUUAAUUUAUCUUUUAUUAAUUUAGUUUGAAUGCCAGGAUGGUCUAGCUGCUGAGCUUGCACUGGUGGAUGUGUGUGUGUGUGGAUCUACAGGAGUGCAGUGUGAUCUUCACAAUACUUCAAAACACACACUAGCUACUUGAACCCGCUCGAUGAAUGCAACUCAUGAUGGGGUUUUAUGGAUAUUUAACUCUCAGCUAAGUGCCACGGAAAAAAACACGGAAAUACAAACAAAACUUCAUUGAGGGGUUGAAUGGGGAGCUGAAAAGGGCACUGCAUCUGGUAGUAUUGACAAGUUUCUUCUUUCUCAUGUUUCUCAAUUUAGAUCAAGCCUUAGUACUUGACAGAUUUAUCUAACUAGUUUAUGCCAAAAAUCUGGACCAGUUGCAUCAGGUGGUAAAGUUGUGUUGAAGCGAAACUUUGUAUUCUUUUGCACAAACUUCACCAGCAAUUCUAGAACUGCUGCUGACAAUUACAGACAUUAUGUUGUUGGUUGUAGAAUCCUUUGCAGCAAACAAGAACUACAGCUGUUAACAGCUGGCCUGGAGUCAAUGGUUUUGGAAUUCUAGCUAUUAACUUCUGGACAGAAAUCAGUAAAUCUAGAAUUUCAGUUAAUAAUUGCUGGCCUGAAGUCAGUAGAACUAAACCUCUAGCUAUUAUCUGCUGGCCUGAAACAGUAGUUAUAGAACAUGUAAAUGUAACUGAAUGUAACCGGCUCUAGAGCUCUGAAACAAACCUGUUCAAUUGCAGCACAGUUUUGAUUACCUGGCUAUGAGCACAAGUUGUUUAAUACUCCUAUAUCAAUAGCUCAGAUUCUUCCCUGCAGUUUAUUCUCCUGCUUUAUGCAGCAGUUGUUUACAAACCAGCACAAGAUAGAGUCUAUCAGACCUUCUCUUUCCUUGGCAGAGGCUUCUAGAGUUAUGUUUAACUUUAUCAACAGUUAUUGAAGUGUUAUUUGUUAAAAUAUGUAAAGCAAUAAGAAGAAAUGUACUGUACUGUAAUGUAGCAUAGACCAGUAAGGAAAAAAACAUGUUCUCUUUUUACAAUAGUGUGUAUUAGGUUUUAGACCAUAUUUUUCAUAUAUUCGAUUUCUAUAAGCACAGUUUCGAUGUGCUUUAAUCCAAUAUAUGGUAUAAUUUACACUGUACAGAUAAUAAUAAUAUUACAGCAAUAUAAUAGCAAUAUUAAUAUAGUACAACUACUAUGGAAAAUGUUAUGAGAUUGAGUUGAAUGGUUUAAAUGUUGACUCUCAUAUCUCAAAGAAGAAACACACAUUCAUUCCAUGCCAUCUACAAUUUCAGGUUGUGUUAUUAGGCCAUGAAAUGUACUUUUUAUAUAUAAUAUUUAGAUAUUAUUUAGAUAUAUACCAUAAUAAAGUAUAUAAAAAUC